GUUCGAGUUCCCAGCACCAACAGAACAAAUAUUAUCCUAUUUCACAAAACCAGCGUUUCCAAUGGCCGCCUUCAAUAAGGUCUCUCCCCUCUUCACCUUAUCUUCUUCACUUCGCAGAUUCUCUUCUCCUGCUACCCGAAAUACCCCUAUCCUUUCCUUAUAUUCACCCUUCACCCCUCCUCUCUCUUUCCCUUUCUCUUUCCCUUCCCUUUCUCUAAGGCCUCAUCUCUCCACAAAAACUCGCCCUUCGGUAAUCGUUUCCGCUAUCAAGAACCUCUCCGAGAUCCAACCCGUUCCCUUCCCCUCCACUCCCGAGGAAUUCGCCGCUCAAUUCCCUUCCGAUGCCGGUGUCUACGCCGUUUUUGAUCGAUACGACGAGCUUCAAUUCAUCGGCAUCUCGCGUAACAUUGCUGGCAGCAUUUUUACUCAUCAAAAAUCAGUGCCGCACCUUUGCUGCUCCGUUAAGGUUGGCGUAGUCAAUGAACCCGAUAGAACAGCUUUAACUCAAGCUUGGAAGUCAUGGAUGGAAGAGCAUAUACAAGCAACAGGUAAGGUCCCACCAGGCAAUGAAACAGGAAACACCACUUGGGUCCGGCAGCCCCCGAAGAAGAAGGCAGAUCUCCGACUUACACCCGGUCGUAAUGUACAAUUGACAGUUCCACUCGAAGAACUCAUCGAUAAGUUGGUGAAGCAGAACAAGGUAGUGGCCUUCAUUAAGGGGUCAAGAAGUGCCCCGAUGUGCGGAUUCUCGCAGAGAGUAAUCGCCAUUCUCGAGAGCCAAGGAGUGGAUUACGAGAGUGUUGAUGUGCUGGAUGAAGAGCAUAAUUGUGGAUUGAGGGAGACAAUGAAGCAGUACAGUAAUUGGCCCACAUUCCCUCAAAUCUUUGUGAAUGGAGAACUGGUUGGAGGGUGUGAUAUAUUGACCUCCAUGUACGAGAAGGAUGAACUUGCUGCUUUGUUCAAACAGUAACGGCUUUCAGUUUUCUUCUCAGCAGUGUCAAACCAUGACAGCGUGUGUGAAUUAUUUUAAACUACCGUGUAAUCUUUAUCUCUAUUAUUAUUAUUAUUAUUAUAAAAUGAUGAUUAUGCUAUA